AUGAAUCCGUCAUACUGUUGGAUCUCUCGAAAUUUUCGGAAGUUUCCGUCUUCCUUGAGGCGGUUUUCUCAUGAAGCAGGUGCUACAAAAGUGAGUAAAGAGAGUAAUGCUUUAAAACGGUUUAUGAUUGAUAAAAUCCGAGCCACUGGCCCAAUCACCGUUGCUGAGUAUAUGAAAACUGCUGUUAGCGCACCUUCUGUUGGGUAUUAUGGUCUUUUCUCGGACUCGCAAAAGGUGUUUGGCAAGGAAGGUGAUUUUAUCACGGCACCAGAGCUUACCCAACUUUUUGGAGAACUUCUUGGUGUUUGGUGUUAUUAUGAGUUAGCCAAUACAGGACAUCGAGGUCACUGGCAGCUUGUUGAAUUUGGCCCUGGAACAGGACAACUUAUGUGUGACCUUCUUUCUGUUAUGGAGCGGUUUCAGGUUACUUACUCAUUGUUCAUACCUAUUUAUGGUCUCAUAAAAAGAAAAGAAAACUAUGUGAGAAAAAAUACUACGAAGUCCGGAGUGCCCAUUUUUUGGUACAAGACUAUCGAAGACGUCCCGGAGAAUUUUUCUGUAUUCAUAGCCAACGAAUUUCUCGAUGCGUUACCUGUUCACCAGUUUGCCCGCGAUGGCGACGGGAACUGGCAUGAGUUGUAUGUUAAUAUCAACGAGGGAGACGAGCUGUGUUUCAUGAAUUCGAAAGGAGAGAAUCUACACACUAGAGGUUUACUGCCUAAAGAAAUUCGGGAGGAUAAAGAGCGAAAGUAUUGGGAGUGUAGCCCUGAAGCUGGUACAUUCGUCAACCAGGUCGCUGAAAGAAUAGUAUACAACGGAGGAUUUGGACUUUUAAUAGAUUAUGGUCACGAUGGUUCACGGAACAAGCUUUCCUUUAGGGCAUAUAAGAAGCACCAGCUGGUGGAUCCACUGAGUCAACCAGGUUUCAUUGACUUAACUGCUGACGUCGAUUUUGGAUAUCUCAAGUCUUUAGUAGUUGACCGCGUCGCUGUAUUCGGCCCCAAUACACAACGUGAGUUUCUGGCGCAGUUAGGAGCGGAGCUGCGUUUGCGAAGACUUUUAAAAUCAUGUGACGAUAGAGAGAAACAGGAAAUGUUAAUAAGACUGUUUAUCGCUACAAAUCGUUUAGAGUCCUAUAACUUUUUAAUGGGCGAGAUGGGAGAGAGAUUUAUGGCAAUGUCCAUGUUUCCAAAAACGCUAAAUGGCAUCUUAGAGAAAAGAGGA